AUGGCGACUGACGUGGCUUUUGAUACGAGCAUGGGCUCGUUCACGGUAGAGCUUUAUAAUUCGCAUGCACCAAAAACUUGUAAGAACUUUGCGACACUCGCGCAAAGGGGUUACUACAACAAUGUCAUCUUCCACCGCAUCAUUCCCAACUUUAUGGUCCAGACGGGUGAUCCCACCGGCACUGGCAGGGGAGGAAGCUCUAUCUACGGCGAGAAGUUUGAGGACGAGAUUCGUACAGAGCUUAAACAUACCGGUGCUGGUAUCUUGAGCAUGGCGAAUAGUGGACCGAAUACAAACGGCAGCCAAUUCUUCAUAACCCUAGCCCCAACGCCGUGGCUAGAUGGCAAGCACACAGUCUUUGGCAGGGUCAAGAGCGGGAUGAGAGUGAUUCAGCGCAUGGGACUUGUUAAGACAAAUGGAGAAGAUAGACCGGUGGAUGAGGUCAAGAUCCUUCGUGCUAGGGUCGUUGAGGAAGGGGAAGAGUGA